UCUGGGAAGUUUCCCCUCGGUAUAGAUCUAUGAUCAGCAAUCCCUCCCCCGAUCCUAACCUUAACCAUUUGUGGUGGAAAUGCAAAACUGACUCAAGAUCAGCGUCUAGAGUCAACUUCACCCUACAUCACCAGUCACAGAGUGGGAGCCAUUAUGUGCUCUCCAUUUGAAGGCUGGGGGUGCUGUAAACUCAGUCAGAAUUUAUGUAGUGUAUCUGUCAAGAUCCCAAUUUAUUUGAGCACAUCCAAAAUUGGGACCCUGUGAAUUCACAAAUGCUUUAUAUAGCAUGAUAUAAAGUCAUAUCAUAUAGUAUAUUAUCACACUAAGGCUGGUGGGAGUCACGUGGGGGCCAGUGUUGUGCUGAUUUCACAGUUUCCCCUUCACUGUAGUUGACUGACAAAGAGUUUCACUACCUAAAGUCACACAGACGCAGCACUUUGCAGGGAGAAGACACAGCUAUAGAUGUAUAUUAGAGUUGAGGUUAGAUGUAGAAGUUACUGUAUUUGACCACAAGUGUGUUAAGAUGUCAGAGGGAGUCUAUGAAAACUCAGAUGGAUUUGAAGACGAUGAGCCUGAUGCAAUGAAGAACACAGACAUUGACGGCCAAUUAUAUGCCAAUGUAAGAGCCUUCAAACCCAGUACAAGAGAUGGAGUUGUUGCUUCAGUACAUUUUCAGUGGUGGAAGAGACCCUCUGGAGUUGCUGCAGUGUGUCUGGGGCUGCUGUGUGUUCUCCUACUGGCUGGGAUCAUAGGCCUGUCUGUCGACUAUGGAGUCACUGAUCAUCACAACUCAACAGAGAGAGAACAGCUACAGACCAGUUACAACAAACUGACUAAAGAGAGAGACCAGCUACAGACCAGUUACAACAACCUGACUAAAGAGAGAGACCAGCUACAGACCAGUUACAACAUCCUGACUAAAGAGAGAGGCCAGCUACAGACCAGUUACAACAACCUGACUAAAGAGAGAGACCAGCUACAGACCAGUUACAACACCCUGACUAAAAAGAGAGACCAGCUACAGAAAGAGAAAGAUGUCAUGUCAAAGUUAUCUAAUCUGAAACAAACCAGGCCAGAAGGCUGGCAUAAGUUUGAAUCCAGUUGGUACUUCCUGUUUACUGAGGCUAAAACCUGGGAAGAGAGCAGACAGGAAUGUCUGAAGAGAGGAGCAGACCUGGUGAUCGUAAACAGUGACAAGGAACAGGAGUUUCUCUGUGGCCUUACUAUGAAAGCCUGGAUUGGUCUGACUGACUCUGUUACUGAGGGGACCUGGAAAUGGGUGGACGGAAACCCACUGACCACCCCAAGGUUCUGGGGGAGUGGACAGCCUAAUGGUGAUGGGUCUGAGGACUGUGCGUUGUUCUCUCACAGUUCACCAGACCAAGGAAAAUGGCAUGACUAUCCGUGUUCAUCUAACCAUUACUGGGAUGACUGUUAUAACUACAUCUGUCUGCUGGAGGUUCUGAAGGAUGGAAGGAUCUACAUCUGUGGCUCCUACGCCUACAAUCCCCAGUGUGCUUUCAUAGUCAGUCACGUUGUCUCUCCUCUGUCUCUUCUCAUACUCUACACCUAUAUUAUCAUUAUUAUUAUUAUAAUACUCUAC